CGGUGAUGGUUUUGACUCCACAGGUAGCAAGGCGUAGCGGAAGCACACUCUGUAGGAAUCCUCCUAAUUGUGUACAAGAAUUGUUUGCUCAAACUGCAUCUGCUUGAUUCAACUUUGAUGGUCAGGACUAUUGAAGUGGGAGUGUUUGUAUCUAGGAAUACAGUUGAUAAAAGUUCAUUCAGAUAUUACGUGGCAUUUUUCUAACAUGGCAUCUAAAUGCAAUUCUAAAGAGAUCAUUGCUGGUAUUGAGGCUGUGGCACUCGAAUGCCCUUUAUGUAUGGAACGUUAUACAGACCCGAAGUCACUCCCAUGCAUCCAUUCAUUUUGUCUUCUGUGUCUUGAGAAAUCGACUAAAGAAUGCAAUGGAAUACUUAGCUGUCCGACCUGUCGUGAAGUCUGCAAAAUUCCAGGUGGUCUGAAAAAACUGCCAAACAACACAUUUAUUAUUGGAUUGUUAGAAUACGUGAAUACAUUGGAACAGAAAUCGGCACCCACCUGUGCUUGUGAGAACGAAGCAUGUUACUUUUGUCGAGACUGUGAUGAAUUGUACUGCAGAGAGUGCAAGGAUGCUCACAGAAAAAUAAAAAUCACUAGAAACCAUACAAUGAUGACGUUGGAAGAGUACAAAUCCAUUGAUCCAGCUGAAAAAUUUUCAUCAAAGCGCAUAUUUUGCCUUAAACAUACAAUGGAAUUAAAGCUCUUCUGUGGCACGUGUAAGAAACUUGUUUGUGGUGAAUGUAUACUGGUUGAUCAUCCUACCAGCAAGGGUCAUAACAUCAUUGAUACCAAAGAUGCGUUCCAAACCUUUUCAGCUCGUGCUUCCCAACUUGUUAAAACAUCGGGUGAAAAAUUACAGAAACUUCAUGCUUUGAAUGAUGACCUUAAAAACAUAAAGUCUGUUUUGAAUUCAAAUUUCUCAAAAUGUAAAACAGAUAUCACAAGACAAGCGGAUGAGCUACACCGACUGAUUGAUCGCCAUAAGGAAGACCAACUGCACAAAAUUGAAGAAUCUCAUAAACAAAAGCUAAAGUCACUUGACACUGAAAUCAGUGACAUGUUAUUGGCCAUCUGUAAAUUAUCCAGUAUGUGUGGAGUCAUGCACAACUUGUUAAAUUGUCCCAAUCAAGUAAUGGCACUGAUGUCAAGUUCUGAAGCUGCAGGAAGACUGCAAAAACUGGUGAAGAGUGACGACAGAACUGAACCUAAAGAUGUAGGUGUCUUGGAGUAUAAACCAGAUAGUAGAUUUUCCCAGUUACUGGAAAUCAGUGUUGUGAAGCAGCUACGUAGACCAGAUACUCAAAUUUCACCUAAGGAAUCGAAAAUUUUAGUAGAUAUACAAUUCAUGUUUUCUAAUUCUAAGAGAUUUGCUCAUAUAAAAACUAGAAAUGCAUUGGGUCAAUGUGUGUAUAUCAUAGAUGCAAAAGUAAAGUGUUUAGCAAUAAACAGAGUGGAACGUGCUCAACAUAAUAGAAAUAUUAUAGUAAAUAAUGACAGGAAUAAAAUUGAAACGAUCAAUGUUACCGACAAACAAAAUGGUGUUUAUGAGAUUCCUACAGACAUAGGGGAUUGUACAUUGUUAUGUCUUAUUAUUGACAGAUCUAAAACAUAUUUUAGUACUUUAGAUUAUAAUCAAAGUGGAAGUAUGUUUACACGCGAGAAUCACUUUAAAAAAUUUUAGUCAGGAGUAUGAACUGCAAUUUAAUAUGUCUAAAUUCGUAAUCUUACUGGCAUCACAAAAAAAUCCAUAGGGCGUGAAUGCUAAAUAAUUUGGAUAUGUGUACUUGUAUAGAAACAUUUUAAAUAUUUGAAUUGUAACAAGUUGUCACUGUUUGUUGGGGUACCUCUAUCAUUCAUUUGAUUAAUUGUUUCAUUAAUUGACUGUUGCAGUGUUAUUAUUUUUAGUAUUAUCUUUGAGGUAAUAUGUACUCUUAGUGAUGUUUUUUUUUAUUUAACUGAUUGAUUGCUAACUUUUUUAUUAUUAUUCUAUAGGAAAUUUUUAUAUGAAAAAUAAUAAAUAUUAAUUAAGUUGAUAUUUUUAUUUCAUUUUCAUUUUAUUUGAAUCGCAAAUGGCAGUAAGAUAAGCAUGAAUUUCCUGUUAUUUACAAUAUACCUUAAAAUUUUUUAUAAAAAUUAAAAGUUAAAAAAAAUGUUUAGUUAAAAAUUAACUUUUACAAGUUUAAAGGUAUACAAAAUUUACAUAAAAACACUACUUAUUCUACUACUAUUAAGAGACAAAAUAUAAAACUAAGACAAUUACAAGAACAUUAAAAAGAGCAUUAUAACAUUAAAAUUGGACCACAGGAAUGUUUUGCUGUUAUUAAAAUCAAACUAAAUUAUUAUAGUUAAUAAUACAGUAACAACCACAUUGAUUAUAACCCAAUUUGAAAUUUAAAUCAAUCAGGAAAAUGAAGGUUGUUUAAAGGCCUAGCCACACUACCAUAAUUUAAUGUAAUAAAUACUCGUAAUGCUACCAAACUUUUAUUAUACAGUUAAACAUUCAGUUAUUACAGUAUAUACGUAUUUCAUAGCGGCAUCAACAAUUUUUGUUCAGUCUUUAUUAUGUUAUUUUAGUAAGCAAUUAUAUUCACGUUUUGAGUACAUUGUAGAAAAUAGAAGCCGAAGGAGCCAUUAUUUCCUAAAAAAAUUUUGAAGGAAAUAAAGUAAAUACUCAUGUAUUAUAAGACAAGGCUUAAAAUAUCAAAGUAGGAUAAAAAAAAAAAAGUUGGGGGGGGGGGUCGUCUUAUACGCACGACAUAAAAAUUGUAUAUUUUAAAAAUAUUUUCAUCUUAUGUGCAGAUCAUUCGACUUUUCUACUGCAAUGAAACUAUUAUAAAUGUUAGCAUGAAGGAAUGCAAUUUUAUAAUACGGGGAAAUGAUUUUGAUGAACAUUUUAAAAACUCAUAAAAUGGUAUUAUUUGGCCUUGAAUUCUCCGUUUUUAGCCAGCAAUAUUCAGUAUCCGGACCACAAAAAGCAGAAAAAGUAGGGGAAAAAAGUGCAGCGUACUGUAGUACUAUUAAAGAGAUUGCCUCGCUGUACAAUACCAGUGGCGAAUUCAGAAAAUCAGAAUACAGUUGGGCCCAGAAGUCAGUUUUACAGAUGGGUGGUUGGAGCUGAAGUACACUAAACUUUAUAACUACAGUAGUAUGCCACUUCUAGAUGGCCAGAAACAGCAUUCCACAUUUAAAUGUUAUUUUCUUUUUCCCCAC